UUCAGCUAAUAAGAGCGAUGGUAUUUAUAGGGGGUCUUUUCAAUGCAUCCCCUUAAUCCCUGCCUCUCCCACCCAGACUGGACCACCAGCCUGCAAGCCUCCACUCCCAGCACCUCCAGACUGCACUGAAGGUCGUGAACAGUCAUGUCCACCGAGCGAUUCGACUGCCAUUACUGUAAAGACUCCCUGCUGGGGAAGAAGUACAUCCUGAAGGAGGACACUCAGUACUGCACUAAGUGCUAUGAGAACCUGUUCGCCAACUGCUGUGAGGAGUGCUCCUCACCUAUAGGCUGCAACAGUAAGGAUCUGUCGUAUAAGGACCGGCACUGGCACGAGGGCUGCUUUAAGUGUGCUAAAUGCAGCCGCUCUCUGGUAGAGAAAGCGUUUGCUGCUAAAGACGAUCUGCUGCUGUGCACUGAGUGCUAUUCCCACGAGUACUCCUCAAAGUGCUCCACCUGCAAGAAGACCAUCAUGCCAGGCUCCAGAAAAAUGGAGUACAAGGGGAACAGCUGGCACGAGACGUGCUUCCUGUGUCAGCGCUGCCAGCAGCCAAUAGGAACCAAGUCCUUCAUCCCCAAAGAGAACAGCUACUACUGCGUCCCCUGUUUCGAGAAGCAGUUCGCCUACCAGUGCUGCGCCUGCAAAAAGGCGAUCACUACGGGCGGAGUCACGUAUCAGGAUAAGCCGUGGCACCGCGAGUGCUUCACCUGUAUCGGCUGUAAGAGGCAGCUGGCCGGACAGCGCUUCACCUCCAGAGAGAACUACCCCUACUGCCUGGACUGCUUCAGCAACCUGUACGCCAAGAAAUGCGUCGGCUGCACCAAACCCAUCACCAGCUUGGCGGGGGCGAAGUACGUGUCGUUUGAGGAGCGGCAGUGGCACAGCGAGUGCUUCACCUGCAUGCAGUGCUCUGUGUCUCUGGUGGGGCGUGGCUUCCUCACCCAGCGCGACGACGUCCUGUGCACCGACUGCGGGCGUGAAAAGUGACCUCAAAACACGGAAAACACCAGAAACACCAGAAACCCUGCAGAAUCUGAGCAGGUCCUACUCUACAGCCUGCUUAUAGCGCAGUUUACUUUACACUAAAAUCACUUUUAAGGACUUUUCAGCUUUUAUCAGCUUUUAAUGUUGAGUAGAUUUGAAUAAAUAGUUCACUUAAUACUUUUACUGCUGCUUUUGAUUAUCAUAUAAUGACUGAACUGAUGUAAAACACUGUAAAUGUGCCCUUAAAGGCCUAAUGUACAAAAAUAAUAAAAGUGCUUAAAAGUCUCA